AGUCUUGUGUUAUAUUAUUUCCAGUGAGCUUGCGUUUGAGACUUGAAUCGAGGUUGAAUAUUUAGCCAUGGCGACGAGGCAAGAGAAGGAGCGAAGAGCGGAGGCGGCGGCUAGACAAGCCGCGGAUGAUCUUAGGGAUAUUAACAGUGGAAGAGAAUAUGAAGAGAGAGUUGUUUAUAAGGAGGAAUUGGAUCGAUCGUCACAGCAACAACAACAAAGGUUGCCUGAAGAAAGUUUUGCGUAUAAGGAGGAAUGGGGAAGGGAAACUUCACCCCAGCAACAGCAACAGAGGCCUGGAGUUAUUGGAACCGUGUUGAGGGCUGUGCAAGGUACUUACGAGCAUGCAAAAGAAGCUGUGGUCGGUAAGAGCCAUGAGAGGGAAGGAGUUUACGGAGGUGGAGGGAAGACAUGGGGGACUACUGAUGAAGGUGAUAAUGCGAAGGAGUUUGCUGAGAGGGCAAAGGACACUACCAUGGAAAAGGCUGGUGAGUACAAAGACUAUGCAUCUGAGAAAGCAUACCAGAGUGCUGAUAAGGCCAAACAGAUGAAGGAUACUACGAAGGAAAAGGCUGCUGAAUAUACAGAUUACGCCGCUCAGAAGGCAAAGGAGACGAAAAACUCAGCAGCCCAGCGGACAAAAGAAACCAAAGACACUGUAACAGGUAAAGCUUCUGAGUAUACAGAUUAUGCUGCCCAGAAAGCUAAGGACGCAAAGGACACCACAGCAAAAAAGGCUUCCGAGUAUACAGACUAUGCAGCACAGCAAACUAAGGGUGCAAAGGAUGCUACAACGGGGAAAGCGACUGAAUAUAAGGAUUAUACAGCCGAGAAAGCCAAGGAGGCAAGAGAUACCACAGCCCAAAAGGCUUCUGAGUAUACAGAUUAUGCUGCCCAGAAAGCUAAGGACGCAAAAGACACCACUGCACAGAAGGCUUCCGAGUAUACAGGCUAUGCAGCACAGAAAACUAAGGAUGCAAAGGAUGCUACAAUGGGGAAAGCGACUGAAUAUAAGGAUUAUACAGCCCACAAAGCCAAGGAGGCAAGAGAUACUACAUCCCAAAAGGCUUCUGAGUAUACAGAUUAUGCAGCACAGAAAGCUAAGGAUGCAAAGGAUGCUGCAAUUGGAAAAGCGACUGAAUAUAAGGACUAUGCAGCUGAGAAAGCCAAGGGAGCAAAGGAUACGGCAGCGCAGAAGGCUUCCGAGUUGACAGACUACGCAGCGCAGAAAGCUAAGGAAGCAAAAGAUACUACAAUGGAAAAAGCGACCGAGUAUAAAGACUAUGCAGCUGAAAAAGCGAAGGAAGCGAAGGACGUGACAGCUGAGAAGACAAAACAGGGGACGGAAUAUGCAACGGAGAAAGCGAAGGAAGGUAAGGAUACAACAGUUAGUAAGCUUGGAGAGUUGAAAGAUUCAGCUGCAGACGCUGCUAAGAGGGCUAUGGAUUUCCUCACUGGGAAGACGGAAGAAACGAAGCAGAAGGCAUCCGAGACUGCACAGAACACCAGGGAAACAUUGAGUGAAACGACGGAGUCAGCUAGACAGAAGAUGGAAGAGAUGAAGCUGAGAGGUGAUGAAGGUAGAAGGAAGACUUACGAUGAUGAUGUGAAACGCCAAGGUCGCGAAGGGCAUUCAGAGACGAUAGUGAUUAAGGUUGAAGAAUCCCCGGCAGGAGCCGUUGAUGCUACCGUGAGAUCAUCUGAUGAAACAUUCAAUGAUGUUGGGCGUGUUGGGGAGGAAGGCGUUAUUCGUGAUCGCUCCAGCAAAACCAAAAUGUGAUCUCACACUGCACAUACCCUUAAUAUAGGGGUGGAAUAUUUGCGUUGCUUUUCAUUAUUUAAACUUCUGUUUGUAUUAUCUUUUUGUAAUACAAGUACGUUCUUUGUUGCAUAUCUUCUAAAUAAACAGAACAGUAUGAAUUCUGGGA